AAACUAAAGCAAACAACACCCUUCCUUUAUAUUUAUCCUUCGUUGCAGGCCCAUAGCUCAUACUCGAAGUGAAGAACAACGAGAAAAGGGGAGGGAAGAGAGAAAAACGAGGUGUGUGAGAGAGAGAGAUGGAGUGUGUUUUCGGACUUGUUGGGAAUGGAUUCGCACUGGUGGUGUCGGAUACUUCGGCAGUAAACAGCAUAUUGGUUCAUAAAUCGAACGAAGACAAGAUAAUGGUCCUCGACUCUCACAAGCUUAUGGGCACCAGCGGAGAGCACGGUGACAGAGUUCAAUUCACGGAGUAUAUACAGAAGAACGUAGCUUUGUAUCAGUUCCGUAAUGGGAUCCCGUUGACUACGGCUGCUGCUGCGAAUUUCACCCGCAAUGAGCUCGCCGUCGCCUUGAGAAAGAAUCCAUACUCUGUCAACAUACUUUUGGCUGGCUAUGACAAGGAGACUGGCCCAUCACUAUACUACAUUGACUACAUUGCGACACUGCACAAAAUCGAGAAAGGGGCGUUUGGUUAUGGAUCCUAUUUCUCUCUGUCCAUGAUGGACAGACACUACCACAGUGGGAUGUUGGUGGAAGAAGCAAUUGAUUUGGUUGACAAAUGCAUACUGGAGAUCAGGUCCCGGUUGGUUGUGGCGCCACCAAAUUUUGUGAUCAAGAUAGUUGACAAGGACGGAGCGAGGGAAUAUGCCUGGCGUGAAACCAUUAAAGAUGCUGAUGUUUCAUCAGCCUGAGCACAUUUUGUUCGUUUCACUUGGACCAUCUACCCUUGUUUUUGGUUCCUCCAAAAUGGGGUAUUGUCCUGUUCAUGGAAAAAGAACUUUUUUUAUGCUUUCUUAACUGUUCAAAACUGUUGAAAUGUCAUGUAUACAUGCAUUAUUAUGGUUGUAGCCCCAGAGGGGAGUUGAGCUAAGGCGAUGGACAUCGAAGGACUGGUAACUUGGUAGGUUUAUUUGGAAAUUUAGAAUUUUGUUGUUGUUGGGAAUAGGAAAGAUAUAUUACAUUUUAA